GAACAGACAGAUUUGCCCUUUCAUAUCAACUUCUCUAAUAUUUGCAAGCUACCUGUGACAUUUGAUUUCUUAAUUAUAUAACGCUUUGCCUACAACAUCCUGUUCAAAUCUUCCCGGGAUAUCACUUCAAUAGUCUUAUGCAACGUGAGGCGACAGUACCCUCCUAAUGGUCUUUCUGAACACUGAGCUUGUGGGGCCGUGUGGGCGAGCCGGCCACCGGAUCUUGAUGUUACGAGGCGUGUAGAUCACACUCGGUGACACGGAUUGUUGCCUUUAACGCCUGACCAUUCGCUUUUUGGCAUUCCAUACUACUAAUAAGCCGGCCUCUUAUAAGCAAGGUUUGCAUGCACUAUUCACAAAACCUCAAUUUCUCAAACCAUGGGUCUCAACGCUGGUAGUUCUCUGAGAAGGGUUGUCACCCAUCACAAGGGCCAGAACUCUGCCAUCCUGUCAGAUGAAGCGCUCAGACUCACGUCUGGCUUUGGUAGCGACGCCGUCACUAUCUGGAGAAACGAAAAGUACCCAGCUGAGCUCGUUGACAAAGAUCCCGUCGGCACCGACCCAGUCAUCUAUACACCCGGCUCACUAAUUCGAGUUGUCGACUUUCCGCCAAAUUCCUCAGGGCACAACCAUAGGACGGCAUCGCUUGACUAUGGAAUUGUGUUUGAGGGGGAGCUAGAGAUGGUUUUGGCAGAUGGAUCCAAGACUAUUGUUCGUGCAGGCGAUAUCAUUGUGCAGCAGGCGACCUUACAUCAGUGGAACAACUUGACAGACAGGCCAGCUCGUCUGGUGUUUGUGCUGUUGCCGUCCGAAAAGACUGUCAAUGGGGUCAAUGUUUCAGAGACUGGUGUACCUGAGAAAUAUCUUCCAAAGAUCUCAUAAGGACUUCAGAGCAUGCAUGUAACUGGCGUCUAAAAAAUGCCAUAGAUCAUAGUAGUAUAUAGGCUUUACCUAACCUAUAUGAUUUCUUGGGCGCAAGGGCAAGAAAUAAAGAAU